GUGACAGCAAAGAGAGGGAUGGUUUGAAAGUGGGUGAGUCAGGGAGAAGUUAGAGUAGACCUCAGAGAGUCCGAGACAGAGAAAGACCCUUGAAGCACAGGCAGAGAGAAGGGAAGGAAGGAGGGUAGGACAGGUAGGAGUUUGGAAAGAAGGGGAAAGUGGGACUUCAGUGACCUAGUGGUUGACUCUUACUCUGUGGGCUAGUGUAGUCAGGUGAGUACGCCAGGAUAGUGUGUGCGUGUGUGUGUGUGUGUCUUAGUGUAGCACGUGUGUGUGUGUGUGUGUGUAUGUGAGAGAGCAUGGUACAUACAACCAUGGAGUCGGAGCCGUUAGACAGCCGAAAUGUUCAACUGCUCAAAAGCAACGGCCGUCUGCUGAAGGCUGCGCUGGCCGUGAGUGUGUGUCUGUGCUGCGUCCUGCUGCUCGCACUCAUACUGGUGGCUCAAAAAAGUGAGGAUCAGGAGUUCUGUCUGACAAAGGAAUGCAUUGAGGCAGCGGGCUCCAUCCUGAGGAAGAUGGACCGCUCGGUGGACCCGUGUGAGGACUUCUACUCGUUUGGCUGCGGGGGCUGGCUGAGGGAGCACCCCAUCCCAGAGACCUCCAACUCCUUCGGGAUCUACUCCUGGCUGCGGCAGCACGUCAACAACAGACUCAAAGAUCUGCUGAAAGCGCCGUCCAGCCCCGGUGAGCUGGAGGCGGUGACCAAGGCGAAGGUGCUCUACCGCUCCUGCAUUGACGAGACGAAACUAGAGCAGUUGGACUCCCGGCCCCUACUAAAGACGCUCCGACAGCCAGAGUUCCGCUGGCCGGUGGUGGGGGAGGGGCUGUUGGGGGACUGGCAGUGGUUGCCGGGGCAAUGGGACCUUCAGAAGACGCUGUCCGCCAUCAGGGCCCAGCACAGCAAGAACAUCCUGAUUCGCCUGUCCGUCGCCCCCGAUGACAAGAACUCCACUCAUCAUAUCCUCAAGCUGGACCAGGAGCUCCUGACCCUGCCCUCCAUAGAGGACUACACCUCCAACACCACCUCCGCCAAGGCUUACCGGGCAGCCCUGCUCUCUCUCAUGGUGGACAUUGCUGUGAUGCUGGGCGCGCCGCAGAAAGCAGCUCGGGUCCAGAUGGAGGAAGUUCUGGCCUUUGAAAUUAAACUGGCUAAGAUGCUGAUUCCGUUUGAGGAGAGAACCAGUGAGAACAUGUACAACAAAUACACUCUGUCACGCCUACAGCGGCUUAUACCAAAGUUUGACUGGCUGGCCUACGUCCGGGCUGUGGUGGAGUCCGCCGGUGACCCGUCCCUCUCCAUCUCCCCCUCCGAGCCCGUCAUCGUGAGAGCGCCGCAGUACUUUAAAGACCUCUUCAAACUCAUCAACACAACCGACCCAAGGACAGUGGCUAACUAUGUUCAGUGGAGAUCUGUGUUGUCCCAGACAACCGCCCUGAGCCGGCGCUUCCUCUACCGGUACCUGGACUACGCCCGGGUUACCACGGGGACCACCUCGCUGAUGUCACAGGUGGACAAGUGUGUCGGUUACAUCAGGAACCUACUGCUCCUACCGACCGGACGCCUCUUCAUCGACACACACUUCCAAGAGGACAAGAAACAAAUGAUGGAGGAGCUGGUGGAGGGGGUGCGCUGGGCUUUUGUCGACAUGCUGGAGAAGGAGAACUCCUGGAUGGACGAGCCGACCAAGAAGAGAGCCGUGGAAAAGGCUGAUGCAGUCCUGGCUAAGGUGGGCUACCCCGAGUUCUACCUGAACGACACCUACGUCAACGAAGACCUGAAACAUCUGUCCUUCAGUGAGACUGACUACUACGGGAACAUCAUGCAGGUGUUUGGCCACAGCGCGAUGGACUACAUCCGGAGGCUCAGGAAGAGCGUUCAGCGCACCGAGUGGUACACAAGCCCAACAACGGUAAACGCCUUCUACAGCUCAUCCACCAAUCAAAUCAGGUUCCCGGCGGGGGAGCUUCAGAAGCCCUUCUUCUGGGGGAACGAGUACCCAAGGUCUUUAAGUUACGGGGCCAUCGGGGUGAUAGUCGGACACGAGUUAACCCACGGCUUCGACAACAAUGGACGCAAGUACGACAAGAACGGCAACCUGGACCAUUGGUGGAGCAACGCGUCCAUCAAGGCCUUCAACGAGAAGUCCCAGUGCAUCGUCAACCAAUACAACGACUACCACUUGGAGGAGGCGGACCAUAACGUGCUGGGAAAGAGGACCCUGGGUGAGAACAUAGCGGACAACGGUGGAAUACGGGAGGCCUUUAGGGCCUACCGGAGGUGGCUUGACCAGAACAGAGGUGGGAAGGAGGAGCCUCUCCUACCGGGAGUGGGAAUGACCAACAACCAGCUGUUCUUCCUCAGCUACACACACGUGCGGUGUUACGCCUAUAGACCAGAAAAAGCCAGAGAACUGAUUCAGACUGGAGCCCACAGCCCUGCAAAAUACAGGGUCAUCGGCUCCAUGAGCAACUUUGAGGAGUUCCGCAAAGCCUUCAACUGUCCCGUCACGUCCCCCAUGAACCGCGGUGCAGAGUCCUGUCGGGUUUGGUAAAAAAAAAAA